UACUCAUGAAGGAUCGCUGUAAGCUCUUCUGCCGGGCAGCUGGUACUACGGUGUACUAUCAGCUGAAGGAUCGCGUCAUCGACGGCACGCCAUGUGGGAUGGAUACUUUCGACAUCUGUGUUCAAGGCCUCUGCAGGCAAGCAGGCUGUGACCAUGUUCUUAACUCGAAGGCCAGGAAUGACAAGUGCGGAGUAUGUGGCGGGGACAACUCGUCGUGUAAAACCCUGGCAGGGACCUUCAAUGAUGCUCAGUAUGGUUACAACACAGUGGUGAGGAUCCCAGCCGGAGCCACCAACAUUGAUAUCAAACAGGUCAGCUACUCUGGAAAGCCAGAAGACGACAGCUACCUCGCAUUGUCUGAUAGCCAGUCCAACUCCCUCCUGAAUGGGAACUUUGUGGUGGCCAUGUUCAAAAGGGAAAUCACCUUCAAGGGAACCAUCAUUGACUACAGCGGCUCGGACACAAAAGUGGAGCGCAUCAACUGCACUGAGCGCAUUGAGGAGGAGCUCAUUCUGCAGGUCUUGUGUGUGGGAAACCUCCACAACCCAGACGUCCGCUACUCCUUCAACAUACCCAUCGAGGAACACAGGGAGCAGUUUGUGUGGGAUCCCUCAGGCUCCUGGCUCGAGUGCACUCGCAUCUGUCAGGGUGAGCGAAGACGAAAGGCGGUAUGUGUGCGUAAGAGUGAUCACCUUGAGGUAUCGGACCAACGCUGUGAACAUUUACCUCGUCCUGUUGCUGUUACUGAGCCCUGCAACACUGACUGUGAAGUCAGGUGGCAUGUUGCUGGAAAGAGCGAAUGUUCUGCUAAAUGUGGGCCAGGCUACCGCAGCCUGGAUGUUCAGUGUAUGAAGUACAGCCUGAUGAAGAGACAGAGUGAGAGGAUGGAGGCCAGCGCCUGUGGAGACACUGCCAAACCUCAGACCAGAGAGCCCUGCCACGGGGAUUGUCUGCUUAAGAGCUGGCAGUACAGCACAUGGUCACAGUGCUCUAAGACAUGUGGACGUGGAAGCCGUAGCAGAGAGUCUUACUGUAUAAACAACCUGGGUAGACGGCUGGUGGACAGAGAGUGCAACGAUUACCAGAGGGUGGUCACUGAAACCUGCAACGACCAGCCUUGUCCGAAGUGGACUGUUAGCGAGUGGAGUGAGUGCCUGGUGACUUGUGGGAAGGGAAUGAGGCACAGACAAGUGUCCUGCAGCAUGGGAGCUGGGGAGGAGAAGCUGAGCGAGCACUUCUGCGACCCAUCUAGCAAACCUCCUGCUGUGGGGAGCUGCAAGCUGCCUGAGUGUGCGUCCUGGCAGGUCGGCGUCUGGGGAGCGUGUGCGGUGACCUGUGGCCAUGGCUACCAGAUGAGAGCCGUUAGGUGUGUUUCGGGGGACUACGGGGACACAGUAGAUGACAGAGAGUGCAAUGCUGCGGCGAGGCCGAGAGACAGUCAGGACUGUGAGAUGCAUGCGUGCCCAUGGUCCCUCUCUGCCACGAGCACACCACUUCCUGACAACUCUGCUCAGCUCCUGACUCAGUGGAGAUACGGCUCCUGGACUGCG